AUGCCACUGCUUACGUUAAUAGCUGUUUUCAUCUCGCUGUGCAGUGGAGUAUCUAUUGGCACUAACGUUCCUUCGGAUGUGAUUGAGCUGAAUGAACGUUUUCUUAAAGUUAAAGACGAUGGCUAUUGGUUUGUUGAGUUUUAUGCUCCUUGGUGUGCCCACUGCAAACGUCUGAUGCCAAUAUGGGAGCAUGUAGGGCACGCUCUUGCUGACCAGAAGUCUCCUGUUAGGGUCGGCAAGCUGGACUGUACAAGGUUUACGAGAGUGGCUUCUGCUUUGGACAUACAGGGCUAUCCAACUGUGAUUUUCUUCCGUAACGGUGAAAAGAGGGUGUACGAGGGCGAACGAAGAAAAGAAGCUCUGGUAGAUUUUGCCGUCAAAGGGUCUGGUCCAGUAGUUGGUACGUUGAAAACAAUUCAGCAGCUAACUGAGCUGAAGAAGUUUGUUAACGACCCGUUCUUUGUUUACGUUUCAAAUGACGAUAACGUUGCUGAAUUGUACGACGAGUACUCGUGGGUGGCUAGUACUCUUUUUUGGUCACACGGUUUUUAUCGAGCUAGCUCAGAAAUAUUACCUUCGAAGAUUAUAGUGUCCCAUUUGUCAACAGUCUUUGUUUUUAAGGACAAUGAACAUUCUACUUUUGUUCCAGAAAGAGACGGUAAUCUUACUAAAUGGAUCUAUAAUGAGCGUUGGUCAUUAAUGCCAUUAGUGACUUCUUCAACGUUAAAAAAUAUUGGUGCUAAUCGUCUCCUAGUGCUUGCUGUUGUUAAUAAAAUUGACCGGAAGAAUGAGACAUCUGAAGUUGGAAGGUUCUUUUCAAUUAUGACUAAAGUAGCGCGUGCAGUUCGCAGUCACCCAGAAAUCUCCUCUCAUUAUCAAUUUGGUUGGUUGGAUGGAAAUGGUUUAGCCAACAAUAUUGUCCUAAAUGUCGUUAGUGAGCCAGAUUUUCUUGUUUUUAAUGCAUCGACUUACGAAUAUUAUUCGAGUGGUGAUCCUGCCUCAGCAGUUACAGUAAAGAGUAUCAUUUCUUUUUUGGAACGAGUUAUAGCGGAUGAAGUUGUGCCUCUUGGAGGUUCUUCUAUAAUGCAAAGAAUCAGAAGGCUUAUUUUUGAGGUAACGUCAUCGUUUGCCGAAAUGUUUAGAGCACAACCGCUACUCACAAUAUGUAUAUUUGGUCUUCCACUAGCUUUCUUUUCUUUAAUUACUUACUGUUUAUGUUCAUCAGAUUUUUCGGUGGACAGAGAUGAAGUUUAUCCUGAUGAGGAUGACGAUACUGAUGGCUCUGGUGCAUGUACAGAUCACCAUACUGAUGUCGAAGAUCAUGAAAAGGCAGAGUAA